AUGACGGGUGCGGUUGCCCCAGAAGCCGUUGACGCAGACCUGCAAGCGGAGGCACUGAGGCGCUUCAAUCCGUUAGUGUUCACGUUUUCUGUGCCGACUCCAAGGAAUGUGUGUCUCCCCAAAAUUGUCGAUGCAAUGACACGCGACCCCGCAUUCGCGGGGAAACUGCACGUGCUGGAUCGGCGCUCCGCCAGCAUCCCGGCGCAGGAGCCGCGGGGCCGACAGAGCGACCGGCGGAUUAAGCCCGUCGACAGCGCCAAGAGUGUCGCGGCGCUCCUCUACGAGGACUACGUGCGCAUCGCAGUGGACCGCGAGGUGAAGCGGCGCGAAGAGGAAUGCGCACGUGAGGCGAGGUACCGCGCCAUCGUCGCCCUCUAUGUCGAGGAUGGCCUCAGCGAUGCGGAGGCAGCGGAGGCGGCGAAGCAGGAGUUGGAGGAGGCCGCCGCGGAGGCCGCGUCGAGCGAGGAGGGCGACGGCCGCGAGCGGCUGUACGUGUACCUCCCCACGUACCCCACCACAGUGGAAGAGGUCACGGAGCUGCACAACUGUGGGCUGUGCCUCCACGCGGUUGUGUCGCUGACGAGCCGUGUCGUGCUCAGUGGUUCUGCCGCCGCUGAGAGCCCGCUGCAUGUGGCUGAGGUGACCAAGGGGAAGGGGAAGAAAGACACAAAGAAGUCGUUGCAGAAGGAAAGAAAUGCACAAGAUGAAGAUAAGAUGCGUCUGUCACUGGAAGCUGAACUGCAGCAGUACCUGGCGGGGGCGAAGCAACCGCUGCCCUAUCUGAAGGACAUUUGCGUCCACUUGUACGAUGUCCCAACUGAGGCGUUGCCCGCUGUUCCAAAAGCGAAUACCACUGGGGAUGCGGCAGCAGCAGCAGCGUCUGCAGCGGUACCAGCUGUGGUUUACCGUUUGAAGGGUACUGAAGAUGCGGUUUUUGGAGCAGUGAUGGACGCUGUUGUUAUGCUCGAGGAGCUCUACGCUGGAUUCUGUGAGUGGAAACGUACGCGCGUUGAGGUAAUAGUCCCUCCGUACUUUCCGCUUAGUUAUCCACAAGCCGGAGAGGUGGUGGCAUCGCCGGUGGAAGAGAGAGGACGAAAGAGGUCUGUCAGCAACAAGAAGAAGACCUCACCUGCCCCUGUAGCCUCCACGGGGAGUGCUGAACCUAUUCCGGUUGUUCAUGCCGAUCCCAAGCAAAUGAAGGAUGUCGUUGUGCACCGAGCCGUGUUCGAUGCAACACUAGGGGAGGGGAAGUUGAGCUCGUUUGACAGACGCACCUUCCGCACAGCAUGUGCUUUGCAGAUUGCGGCUACGCUCUCCAUGCCGAUGCCUCAUCUGUUAGAGCCUUAUCUCACUGCGGCGAAGCGAGAAAGACAACAAAUGCUAGAAAACAAAGAGUACGCUACUGCAUUCGUAAAUUAUAUUUUUGAUGUUGCUUUGCAAGGGGAGAGUUCUGCGUACUUAAAGCGCCUUUCGGGCUCUGAUGAAAGGGAGGCAGUAGACGACCCUUUCUCAACUGUCGUGUCAUCAGCGGCUUUGACGACACGAAAGAUGUCAACAUUACCAUUGGAUGAAGAAUCAACUGGCGCUUCUUUUCCAGCUGCAGCCGAAACCACGGAUGAUAUUGCGUCAAUAGACGCUAGGGAAGCCGUCUCCUCUCUUCUUUGUGAAUGCUUCGGUGUUGAGGCGGAGCAAGCAGAGAAAUUGGUGGCUGACAUGACCACACUUGGCGUGGUUAGCUUGGGGAGACGGAAGGAAAUUGAACAGUGCUUGAAGAUAAAUAAGUCCUACAGCUGGCGAACUGCGCAUACAAGCGUGGGAUCUUGCGACGUUGAGGUGCUAUACCGCGGCGACGGCACACCGCGCACGCAGAGUUCCGUGUACGCCUUCCGCGGCUCAACGAGCUUCGCGGAUUAUGUGGAGUGGCACAAGCACUGUGCCAGCGAGGCGCUCUACUACAACCCGCCACCGCCGGACAGCGAUGAGGAUGAACCCAAUGAAGAAGAAGAAGAGGAAGAAGAAGAAGAAGAGGAAGAUGAGGAAGAGAAUGGACCAGGGAACGAAGGAAUGGAGGUUCCUAAAGCCAAACGAUCGAAAAAAAUAAAGAAUGUUGAGGAGCCUCCUCCAGUGGAUGUUGUGGAAGUGGCUGAUGCAUCGCUGCGCCGCCGCCGCGCGUAUGAGGACACAUUGCGGCGGCUCCGUUGUGGCGAAAAUUUUGUUCAGGAGUUGAUUGUGUCGGGAGCUGGAGCUCAUUGUGCGACACAGGAGGUGCAGUGGAUGUUUACCGAUGAUGGUUCCACUAUUGAGGUUCAACGCGCUGUGGGAAACACAGAACAGGUUCACUGCAGUGUCGCUGCUCCGGGGGGUGUGACGUUUGGUUUUCUGACGCUGAAUGUCCCGGCGACAGAGGAGGUGCCCUCCGUGAUAUCAAGUGGGGUGCGCUCCUUUCUCUGCGUUGAUGAAGCGGUGCGGUUCUUCUUCGAGGUCGUGGCAGACAACACCGGUGCGGUGGAGCGUGCAGCGUACAAUAAGGCAUUGGAGGUUGCCAAGCUAGAGGCGAAGGCGCAGUACGACGCACUUGAGCAGGCCAAGGCGCCGAGAGGCUCGAAGGAAAAGGCACCGCCGCCGACACUAGCCGCGCUGGAGGAGGCGCUCAUCUCGCAGAUUCCUGUUCCGAGCGAGCGGGAAAAAUUACCCCCGCAGACGGUUACGAGGGCCUUACUGAGGGAUAGCACAGCUAUCACUUUUGAUGCUGAAAAGAAGUGCAUGCAUCUAGCUGUUGUUAGAAGCGUUCUUCAUUCCACACUGGUUGACCUGGUGGUGGAUGUGUGGGAGGGUAACGGCCUUCGAACUCUUCGUGUUCACUACAUUGAGGCAGUGACUUUGUACUCCGAUGGUUGUGCAGUGGUAAACUCACCAGAGUUGGACGGAUACCGUGUUUCCAUGGACGUGUUCGGAAAUUACGUGACUGUAAACGCAGAAGGCAUAAUGCUUCGUGUCAGUGCAUCAGGUAAGCGCCUGGUGGUUAGAACAGAUGGUGGAAAGGAGUCAUUGGAGCCGUUGCUUGUUGCUACAAAAGUUGACCCGAUCACUGGUAAGCAACUGGUGGUGCGCCAGGACGGGAUACAGGUUAUGUGGGGGACCCGGCAGCAGCACGAAGGCGUCGUGUACGGCUCGGGGUGCUCCUGCACCGGUACAGAGGAUGGGUUCACAUGGCACUUCGCAGGCUUCCCAGAUCUUCAUGUGAAUUCCGAGGCAGGGCGUAUAGGCUUUGUUGUUGACCGCGUGGAAACUGUCAUGGAUGUUGUGGGGCAGGUGCUGCAAGUGAUGCACAGCCAAAAUGGUGGCGAGGCCACAUUGGACUGGAAAAAGCAUACACUGCAUGUGCGACCCAUGCAUGACGGGAAUGUUUACACAGCUGACUGUGCCUUUGGUGGCCUUGUUGGCUCUGCUCAGUCCACUGAAUACUGCGUCUCGCCUUUUGGGCGUUGUGGGGAGGUGCGAGAAGAUGUCUUCAAGAAGAAAGAGGUCCUCAGCGAGAGGUUUCUGCAAUGCUACGAAGAGACUGGAGGGAAGUUUGACGAUGCAGCACUGCACAGGGCCCACUUGUCUGUAUCGCCCUCUGUGAUCAGUGGGGAUUCUCUUCGUCGUGCAAAUCCGCCAUUUAUAAGUGAGACAGCCUCAAGCUGUACACGGUAUGCCGAGCGAGAAAUUGACAGUCUACUAGGCCCGGGCAUUCAAAAAAACAGAGACCUGCUUCGAGGUGUGGUUAGGAAACGUGGGGGAAGUAACGAAGAGGGAGUUUUGCUCUUCAUGAACCCAUGGCUCUUAAGUGUGCUAUUGCAUCGCCUGAAGAAGAACAUCGACCCGGCGUACUCGCGACCGCUUCUGGGCGCUUCUUUUGCUAACGGAAUUGUUCAAGAGCACAUCCUCUUUCUUCAGCCAUCUUGCGAAGAAACAGUGAAAACGUAUAGUACCGUAAUCCCUCUGGCAGCAUCACUUCGAGAGUUCGCUCUUAUACCCCGCUUGAGGAGCGCAAAACAAUUGCAAGUGGAGAAGGCAACUAGUGCGGUUCACCUCAUUACGGCGAAGCCUGAUGCACCCUUGGAGGCGUCAGCUCUCGCAGAUUUGUUGCGCAACGAACGUCUUCUUUCUUAUGAAGAUCAAGCGUGGUUGGAGGUGAUGCGGACACUACCCCCUGCUUCUGCUGCUGAAGUUGCUUUAAGAGCAACAGCAGAAUCAGAGACUGUGGUUCAAUCCGUGCCUGAAAAACAAGGCAUUAAGUCAUCUCGAAAUAACAGUGCUUCUGAGGCGAAGGUCGAGCGCACCCUGUCAGAAUGUAGGAAACCGCAAAGAACGCAGCGCUCCAGUUUCAAUUAUUGGCACUCUACAGGUUUAAUCGUUGCAGCGGAGAGCAAUGAGGCUGCAUUGAAGGUGAACAAUGACGACACAGCUGUCAAUUGUUCUGGAGCAGAUGGCGAUGUGAAGACGACUGCAGUCGCGGCUGAGGCACCUCCGGCGACCGAGGUUGUGCAUAUCGACGGGAAGGGUGGUGGUGUACCGUUUAUGCAUUCCUUCGUGAAGAGGGAGAUGCCGUCACAGGAGCGUCACUUUCUCCCUUCACUAUCGGUAUCACCGUUGACAGUUUCGUUUGGACGGGUUAUGAGAGGUUACCGCUACGCUGUUCCUCUGACACUGUUGAAUACUUCUACAGUUCCAUGUCGCUAUCGCAUCACACUUUCUCCAGGUAAUAAGACGCUGUUGCGCGUUCACUACCCGCGGCACUUCUUGGCGGCGGGUCUUUCCACUACGGCACAGGUGGAGCUAUCAGGGACGCAGACGCUUGGAGCGAUGUCGGUGGACCUCACUGUUGCGCACGAGGGCGGCACCACCAUUGUUACAGUAGACUUUGAAACUUUAGAGGAGGCGGACGUCUUGCCACCUACCGCACAUGAUGGUGGGGCAGUGCUGCUGGGCCCCACAUUGGUGAAUUCGUUUGUCCCGGGGACGACUCGCCGCCCACCGCCUCACCUUGUCCGAAGCAAAACAGAGGAGGGUACAGACGGCGCUGAGGCCGUUGUGGAGCCGAUGUAA